AAAAAAAAAAAAAAAAAAAAAAAAAAAAAAAAAGGGGGGGGGAGGGUGGAAGGAACAGAGGGAAGGAAGGGAAGGAAUGAGGGAAAAAACCUUAACCCUCUCCUCCCAUCAUAAAAGAUAACAAAUUUUGCUUAUAUUCCCUAUCAGAAGUCUUAUCCCUGUCCAGAGAUGAAAACUGGUGCUCUCCUCACUUCUGCUUGGAUGCUCUUCACCGUACCGUAUGCCUGCGGCUGGAUUAGCCCACAGCCUAGCCAUAAUGUUUGGGUAACCUUAGCAAAAACAUUGAAACAGGAUAACAUGUGCUUAUCCAUGGGCAGCGUUGAUAACCCACUUUCCACAUGUCUAGUAGGGAUUCCUUUCGUAGCAGAUGACUGGCCCGUCUAUAACUCAGAGCUCCUCCACACCACAGGUAAGAGACCCAAUGUGGUAGAUACUUGGGAUGAGUGGACAAAAAUGUUACCUAAUGCCCUAGAGGAACCCCAAGAAUUGGACCUGCUGGGGUCCACCAAAGCAACAUACUGCGUCAAAUUUUACUAUAGACUUCCAAAGAAUAAUGGGCCAGAAAUUGACCAGGUAAAAAACAUACAGAAAAGACAUAUCACCAAUUAACAAAGCCUAUAACUAUCCGGAUUGGUGCAAUUACACCACUUGCGUGAUAUCUGUAUCCCGUCCCUCUGCAAACGGGGAAUGCAGAGCCUGUAGCAUUCCUCGGGAUGGGAAUGCUUCGUGUUUGUGGUUGGAACGAAGGACAGCAGAGACUUUGUGCUUUUGGGUUGUGUAAUUAAAUUGAGUGUAAUCUACUGGUGGCCAGAGAUGCUCCCAGAGCUGGAGCCCCUCUGCUCUAGAGCCAGGCUGGGAGAGCUGGGAGUGUUCACCUGAAGAAGAGAAGGCUUCAGGGAGAUCUCAGAGCCCCUUCCAGGGCCUAAAGGGGCUACGGGAGAGCUGGAGAGGGACUUGGGAAAAGGGAUGGAGGGACAGGGCACAGGGAAUGGCUUCCCACUGCCAGGGAUACAUGGGAUAUUGGAAGGAAAUUUUUUCCUGUGAAAACUUGGCACAGGUUGCUCAGAGAAGCUGCCCCAUCCCUCAAAGUGUCCAGGGGACCUGGGAUAGUGGAAGAUGUUCCUGCCCAUGACAGGGGGGGAAUGGGAUGGGCUUUAAUGCCCUUUCCAACACAAACCAGUCUGUGAUUCUAUGAGAAACUAUAAAUUUAUCUGUGCUGCAUCAGACUGGGAGAAUAGCAGUAGUUUAGAGAUUUGCUCAAUUUGGGAACCUUUUCUCAUGCACUGCGGUUCCCUUUCACUUGUGCACAUUCCCAGUGAGCUGAAUUCACCAGCACACAAAUAAUUGGUUCAGUGAACCACGACUGUACAAAUAAAAAAAUGGCAGAAGCAAUGUUUGUCUUCAAUUCAUGAUGCAAACGUAAAGCCUCAGCUAGGAAAUGCUGUUUUUGUGGGAUUCUUGUUGAUUUUUACAGAUGCAUUUCUGGGUGUGAUGUUCUCUCAUGCUUAAGCAGUUGGAUUGUGAACAUCAGUUUCCUUUUGUUUGCAAAACUCAAAUAACGUUCAGAAAUAAAAUAGAAAACAAGUCUUGCUUGUCUUUUGGACAAAUAUCUCGAGCGGUUGUUUAAAUUGUGGGCUGGUUGCUGGAGUUAAGGCCAUAAUGUAAUAAAAGCAUAAAUGAUCCUUGACACGUGGACUGGUGGCUUUGUUCAGGAUUUCUAAUCAACAUCACCUCCUCUACCCUCGGGUGGUGACAGUCCCCCUGCUCAGCUUUAGUUUGUUUGUGCAUUGCAGAUAAUCAAAGAACUCUUUUAAAAGAGUACAAACACCAAAAUAGCUGAAAUUUGACUGACACCUGGAAGGCUUGAGCAUCCCAGAGUGGUUCUGAAUUCUGACUUCAGUGAGUCCUGGGGGCAGACAGAGAAUCUAAUACUGCCAAGUUAUUUUUAUGGGUGAAAAUACAUUUAACAGCAAUUUUGAGCAUAUUCACAGUACAGUUGUGGAUUCUCACAGCUGAUCUUGACCCAGCUUCUGCUUUUGUUGUUGUGGUGUCCUGUUAUUUCAACUGACUCUUGUUCUGCAGUUCUGAUCUCUCAGCUUUUCAUGGUCUCAGGCUGCAAGGAAGGUUCUGCGUUUGAACCAUUAGAAACGGAAAAUCAAUCAAAAAGAAAGAGGAGAAUCAGGGCUGAACAAUUAGUAUUGUCCAGGACCACUCCUCCUAUAUUAAAUUCCAUAGUGCUGUUGUCACCUUCGUUAUCCCUCUCUGCUGUUUUGCUGAGUAGCUGCCUCAGUUUGUGAGGAGUUAAGAGAUUUUUUGGUAGUUUAAUGUCCUUAUGACUUGGCCUCAAGUUGCACCACAGGAAGUUUAGAUUGGAUAUUAGGAAAAAUUCCUUCACCAAAAGGCUUGUCAAACCCUGGAACAGGCUGCCCAGGGAUGUGCUGGAGCCAUCAUAUGUUCCAAAACAUAUGGAUGUGGCACUUGAGGACAUGGAUUAGUGGUGAUCAUGGUGGUGGUGCUUGAUGGUUGGACUUGAUCUCAAGGGUCUUUUCCAACCUUAAAGAUUCCAUGGUCCUGUGAUCUGAUUCCAUUACUCUGCCACAUUUUGUCACUCAUAACCAGCUGUUGGUAGCUAGUGAAGAAAGGUGGAUGAAGUGGAGAUGGGUCAGAUCCACACCCCUUCUCAGCUCUCUCCUGAGAGAGAUGGCAGGCUUUUCCUCUUAUUCCAUCAUGGAUAUUUAUUUUCCUGUGCUGCUUUACCUCACCUGUGUUUUCCUCCUCAGGCCUGACACUAUCCCCAGGGAGUUGGUGCCCCAGCUGGGCACCAUGACAAUGCUGUCUAUCACGGUGCUGUGUUUCGAGACGUCAGCAUCUCCAUGCACGGCUAGCCCGGGCACCGUGACACGGGACGAGGAUCAGUUCGUACGCCGAGCGACGAUACUGAUUCCUGUGGGUUCUUGUUUUGAGAGGUCUUUGGCAGCGGUCUUAAAGUGACGAAGCAGAGGCAGGGUGGGAGGCAGUGAGGUAGUGAUGUUUAUUGUGCGGCAAGCGCGAUCUCUCACGCCUGCGUCUGCUCUCGCAACUCCCCCGAGGGCGGUUCUGCGUACACCUUUACACAGAUGGUGUCAGGGAGGGGUAAAGGCAAUACAACCAAUAGAGGGAGUUCUGGGGACCAUUAGACAGGUGCAAUAUUCAACUUUUGCCAACCAGGGGACAGGGAGAAAUACAAAACUAGCGGGCUUUCUGACGGACAGAAAACUGACAGUUACGUCACUUGCCUCAGGGGUACAUGUGGAUGGGGAGGGAACAAAGGAACAUAUAACAAACUUAAUAAACUAAAUUUCACACACCGCCACAGCUGUCCCCCAACAUGUCGUGCCACCACCACUCCAUCAACGACUUCCGCAACAGUGUCUACUCCAUGCUCUACUCCAUGAUCAGCAUCAUGGGCUUUGUGGGGAAUGGUGUGGUGCUGUACGUGCUGAUCUGCACAUACCGGCAGAAAACGGCCUUCCAGGUCUACAUGCUCAACCUGGUCCUGUCUGACUUCCUGUGUGUGCUCACCCUGCCCCUGCAUGUCAUCUACUACAUGCACAAGGGCCACUGGUUCUUCAGCGACUUCCUGUGCAGCCUCUCGUCCUAUGCGCUCUAUGUCAACCUCUACUGCAGCAUCUUCUUCAUGACAGCCAUGAGCUUCUUCUGCUGCAUCACCAUCGUCUUCCCGGUCCACAACAUCAGCCUGGUGUCGAAGAAGAAAGUGAAGUUUGUGUGUGCUGGCAUCUGGAUGUUUGUCACACUGACAAGCACUCUCUUCCUGCAGAACGGGACGUACCAGCACGGCAACAAGACCAAGUGCUUCGAACAGCCAGAGAACUCCCAGAAGACAAACCUGGUGGUGAUCCUGGAUUUCAUUGCCCUCUUCAUGGGCUUCAUCUUCCCCUUCAUCAUCAUCACCAUCUGCUACAACAUGAUCAUCCGCAUCCUGUUGCGGAACAAGGCCAACCGCCGCGAGGCCGUGUGGAUGAUUGUCAUUGUCACCGCCACAUUCCUGGUGAGCUUCACGCCGUACCAUGUCCUGUGCAUGGUGCACCUGCACAUGCUGAGCCUGUGGGGCUCAAGCUGCAGGGACACCAUGUUCCUGCAGAAAGCCGUCAUCGUCACCCUGCCCCUGGCAGCUGCCAACUGCUGCUUUGACCCCCCCCUCUACUUCUUCUCCGGGGGCAACUUCCGGCAGAGACUCACCACACUGAGGAAGGCAUCCUCCUCCAGCUUGUCACAAGCCUUCAGGAAGAAGAUCUCUGUGAAGGACAAGGAUGAGGAACCCUUUGGAGAAAGCCAAAGGGAGAAUGGAAGGGCAGCUAUGUAA